UGUGCCGCAAUUAACAAGUGCAGAGCCAUCUUGGGCUUAGUGGAUGACUUAGGCUCAGCGGUGUGCAAAUGAAUCAUUCUGACAGAUAUUAUUUAGCGAUUGUGUUUCACAUAGAGCAUUGCUAGUAUCAAUACAAUGGCACACAAAGUUGUUUUCCUCAGCUACAGUCGAGCAGCAGGGGACAGGUGUAACAAGCGGUUCUCUAAAAUGAAACCCUUGAGGUCCCUUGAGGAUGAUUUAUGCUUACGUAACCACAAUUUCAAUAUAGCCCAAAGUGUUGUGUUGUUUUGUUGUAUCACCAUAGUUAGUAAAUCAUACAAACACUGUACACUUUCUUUUAUGAGACAAAUUAACUCGUGUAACAGAUUGCGGGUGUCACUGUUGUGGUAACUCAUUAUCACUGAUGAGAAAACUGUGUGUGUGUGUGUGUGUGUGUGUGUGUGUGUGUGUGUGUCUGUUUGUUUGAUGCGUUGACUUUUGUACCAUCUAGAAAAUCUUACACAUAAUCUGCAAAAAUUUUAUAUUAAAUGAGAAUCUGAAUCUGAAUGAAAAGUGAAAUUAAAUUUAGUCAGAGUUACUGACUCAUGACUAUUCAGCAUUUUGAAUGAACAUCUAUUUGAGAAGCAUUUUUGUCGUGUCCUUGGAUACAUACAUAUACAUUAUUUGAAAUUAAUUGAAUAAGUCGUUCACGUUACUCGACACAGGCAGGUAAAUUUGUAGAAGCAGAGAGUAUAGCUUUUGAAAAGGGACAGCUGGCACAUUGUUACUGGCAAACUCACAGCUGGCACAUUACAAGCAUUUGUCCCCCAACAUCCCUUAACAGUGCAAGUUGACUCCCAAUUCAGCUUCUGAAUAUUUGAAUAAUCAUCAGAUUAAAACUACGUUAUGAGGGUCUCUUAUGCUUUCCUUUAUGAAUUAAACUAAUCCAAAACUAUUCGCACCUCAAUACUAAUAAUACAAUACUAAACUAAUUAUCACAUAAUCAGAAGUAACAAACAUGGUGUGGCUCUGCUUCUUCUUUCAAACUGGGACAUUUGUUCUUCUUUCACCCAUUAACCUGGUUAUUAAUACUGUAAGCGUGCUUGUUAAUGAUACUGAAUGCUGUUGAGGCCAAACAGAAGAACAGGUGGAGCAGUGUUAGCCAGAGUAUUGUGUUAAGAGCAUGGAUGCAGGUCAUAGGAGCUUAGCAAAGGUGAAUGAAAUACUGUAUGUGCUAUGCUAGCUAGAGGGCCCCCAAUAGUCAUCUGUUAAUAUAUCCCAUGCCCGUGACAAACACUGCCUUCCUCUCCUCUGCUCUCUUCUCCUCUGUAGUCCUCACCUUUCAAAGUGUGUUGUUCCCCCACCAGCUGUGACCUUUAUUCAAAGGGGUCAGCAGAAAGAGUGAAGCAGAGUGUGUGUGUGUGCGAGUCUGUGCGUGGGGAGGGAGGGUUGUGUGUUUGUGUGUGUGUGUGUGUGUGUUUGGAAGAGGGAAGGCAGAGGGAGUUGACAUAGCAUGAGGAGGAAUUAUCACCUCAGCUCAUUGAAAUAGGUUGCUGUAUGUCUGAGUUCAGAUCAGACACAGAGAGUGAUUGUCAGUUACUGUUAGCACUUCGGUUGAAUUGAAUCAACUCUCUAGAACAGAACUGUAAUAUUAAUAAUGUGAUAUUUUAGUCUGCGUUAUAUCGUGGAUAACACUGCACUUGGAUAAGAGGUUUAUACACAAGUACUACAGACGUUUCCUUUGUUGGAGGGCUGCCCCGGGCAGUGCGCUGGUUCAGAGUUAGAGCUUAUCGCUGUGGGAUUCUGUGUGCAGAAAAUUCUUCACAGUGAAGGAUGGAUUCUUGGGACACAGACUCGGAGGAUUCAUGCGACUGGGGCGACUCCUCUGAAGAAGCGUCAUCAUCAGAGGAAGAUGAGCUUGAUGUCAAAUAUAAUAAAGAGGAGGACAUCAGGACGGCCAACGUCAUUUCGGCAGAAGCAGUCACGUGUCUGGUCAUCGACAGAGAUUCAUUCAAGCACCUGAUUGGAGGUUUGGAGGAUGUGUCCAGUAAAGGCCAUGAGGAUGCAGAUGCCAAAGCCAAGUAUGAAGCAGAGAAUGCGUUCUUCUUCAAUCUCAACCUAGCUGACUUCAACAUCAUUGACACGCUGGGGGUUGGUGGCUUUGGUCGCGUCGAGCUGGUUCAGCUCAAGAGUGACGAGAACAAAACCUUUGCCAUGAAGAUCCUGAAGAAGCGGCACAUUGUCGACACAAGACAGCAAGAGCACAUUCGCUCAGAGAAACUCAUCAUGCAGGAGGCCCACUCUGACUUCAUUGUUAGACUCUACAGAACAUUCAAGGACAGCAAGUACCUCUACAUGCUGAUGGAAGCUUGUUUAGGCGGAGAGCUGUGGACCAUUCUUAGAGACCGGGGUUCAUUUGAAGACUCAACCACCAGGUUUUACACGGCUUGCGUGGUGGAGGCCUUUGCCUACCUGCAUUCCAAAGGAAUCAUCUACAGAGACCUCAAACCAGAGAACCUUAUAUUGGACCACAGGGGCUAUGCCAAACUGGUCGACUUUGGCUUUGCCAAAAAGAUCGGGUUUGGGAAGAAGACGUGGACCUUCUGUGGGACGCCGGAGUAUGUAGCACCAGAGAUCAUUCUGAACAAGGGCCAUGACAUCUCAGCUGACUACUGGUCUCUAGGAAUCCUCAUGUUUGAGCUCUUAACUGGCAGCCCUCCAUUCUCUGGACCUGAUCCUAUGAAAACCUACAACAUCAUCCUGAGAGGCAUCGACAUGAUCGAAUUUCCAAAGAAAAUCACCAAAAAUGCUGCCAACCUAAUCAAAAAGCUAUGCAGGGAUAAUCCUUCUGAACGACUGGGAAACUUGAAAAAUGGUGUCAAAGAUAUCCAAAAGCACAAAUGGUUUGAGGGCUUUAACUGGGAGGGCUUGAAGAAGGGGACAUUGACGCCUCCUAUUAUUCCCAAUGUCACAUCAGCAGUUGACACAAGUAACUUCGACAGCUUCCCAGAGGACAACGAGGACCCGCCCCCCGAUGAUAACUCCGGCUGGGACGUUGAUUUUUGAAGUCCGCUCCCCUUAAAAACCAAACGGAACUCUUCUUUUGUUGGCUUGGAGGCCUUCAUGAGGACACAGCUGUGUUGUAAAAAAAAAACUGCUUUUAAGAGUGCAUAUGGAAAAGAAGAUAAACAGAUGGAUGGCAAACCCUCUGGGUCACCGAUAUGCCUUUAUUUCACUGUGGCUCUGGAUCAAGCAUUUAUAAUGGGACUGCUGUAGCACUUCUUCAGUGUUGUCUUACACUCGGCUCUAAAGGAAAAGGCAAAGAAAGUGCAGGGAUACACACAUAUACACACAAAAUACAACAGAGGCUGAUAAUGGAGCCAGGUUUUCCCAUGUAACAGGGAAAGAUGUUUAGUGGGUGGAUGAAUGUUCGACAGUCUGUCUACGUUUUGGUUCUAGGAUAAAUAAGUGUGAAAAUGUGAUGAUGGACUGCUCAAAAAGAGGGCAGGCUGAUGAUUGAUUUAUUUUCUGUUUUUUUCUCCGCAAUAUUUGGUGAAAUAUUUGGUGGAGGGUAUAAGAUGUUACUGCAGAUGCUCCCUGGGUUUUGAGACGCAGCCACUUGCUGCAAUCUCCGAUACUUUCCAGAGAUCCACACACUACAGUUUGCAAGUUAAACUGGUAUCAAGUGCUCAAGACUAACCUGAAUGUCACUGAUUUACUUCUUUAACAUCCAUAGGGCAUACAGCAUGCACGGUACAUAGUAUUUGAAUUUACAAGAUACAUUCUCACACAUGAACACAACCAGGCUAAAAUCAAAUACUUAGUACACUUUAUGUAAGAUUAACCUACCUUGAAAAGCACAAACACUGUGCAUUCAGUGGAAAGAGACGUGACUCUUUAAGUGCCCUGCUUAAAAUUUAAUGAAUCACACACCGACACACAUGAAAUGUCAGCUAGUAUUUCCAUGAAGCAAUGUGUCAUUAUGCACUUAAGACCAUUAACUGAGAAAAUCAGCAGUUAUAGCUAAUUUUAAGCUUCUGUAGAUGAAGUCACUCGUUUUUUUGUUCUUUAAAAUGCUUUUAAUCACGCAUAUGAAUGCUUCUCGACCUACGUACUUCUUAAUUUUGUUUUUAAAUCACCCAAAUGCCUCGUCCUCUGUUUGCUCCUGUAUAGUUCUGACAUAACUGUGAACAUGGUUUCAAUGUCUUUGGUGCUGUUAUUGAUAAAUUAUAAUAAGUGGUGGUGAGAUGACAGUACUGGUUAUUGUUUUUGUAUAGUGAUUUUUUUUUGUGCUUGAUUACUUUGUAAAGUACUUGACUUCCUUCUUUAGAAAAUUGGAGACUUGUGUCAACUUGUAAACUUGAGUGACGAUUUGUUUGAUAUCACUUGACACCCCGUUACAUUGUGCUAAGUGGUAUUCUCAAGGUUUAAACAAUGUUAAGUUAAUCCAUAUGAAUUAACCAUCCACUUCUCUGGAGGCAAGAUUUACCACAUUCACAUCAUCUAGACUACCUUGACUUAAUAUCAUUUUAUGGAACUUUUAAUAUGUCUCCUGGAGACAGACGAAAGGAAAAAAAAGGAGAUUACAUUUUAUGAAACUCACAACUUAGCACCAUGGUCUGUCACCCAGCUCCUCACUUCUCAUGUCCAAAAGUCAGAGCAUAAAAUCAGAAGAAAUGUAAGUGCCUUAAAUCAAUGGCAUACAAAAUUAACAUCACAAGUCCUUUUCGAUGCUGCAUGAACACAUAUACACCUCAAAAACGUAUGUGUCCUCUGAGAUGGCUGCUUCUCAUCUUUUGUUAUAUCUAAUAAAUACAUUAAUCACCGUGGAAAGAAAAUGUCUAGUCAUUUGAUGGCUGACAAAACUGUAUAUGAAUAAAUUUCCUGUUUACCCCUUUGAUUUAUCUCACAAGAACAUUUACUGACAGUAAAACUAUACAAAUCUCCCACAUCUCAUAUGUCUGCAAUGACAUGCUUUUCUCUAAAUAUCUAAUAUGGGCUCAUUAAGUCAACCACAACUGGCCUGAUACAACGUGAACAAUAAAUCAUAGCUCAGAGGGACCAUCCAUCACCUGAAACCUGAGCAUUUAGAGAUGGCAAGAAUGAUUUGCAGUUUUUGAACAUUUCACAAAUACGGAAACAAUAUUCUUGUUUGCGACUGUUGACAAUCUUUGAUGGUCUGAUAGCAUUGAUCAUAACGCAUCAUCAUCCAAAUUAUCAUUUUAUUGUUUGGUCUGAAUAAAGCUGAACAGCUCAACUCAUAUUUCAUACCAGGAAGCCAAACAGACUGACACACUGACAUUUAUAUCAUAUAAAUCAUUGAAUAAUGUUGAUGGAGGGAUAAAAAUGAGAAGAAAUCUUACUUCUGUAGGCAUACCAUAAGUAUUUUACUGUAUUAAGGGCAGGUUAUGCUUAUCACAAAGCCUUAUGUAUGCCAUCACUUUACAAACCACUGGUUUUGAGUCUUAUAUUGACCGCCUUCUGCAAUGUUACCUGAUAUUUGCCUUGUGUUAUGCUGUUUAUUCUGCUGUAAAUUGAUUUUGCAGAGUGCCACGUGUAAGAUUUUUAAAAUUAUAGAGUAAAAACAAUACUUUUGA